GUCUUCCGCAGCUUGGAGAUGGUGCGUUUCGUGCGGUGGCUUUGCGGCCUGCCGCUCGUGGAGCACAAUCUUCAUUUUGAGGCCGCGUGCAGGAUAUUCUGCGAGGUAUUGCAGCCACUACAGCCACCUGCUGGUGUUCGAGCAGCCAGACUUGGUGAUGGCCAUGGGCAACCAGACCUUUCCCAAGCAACUUCGACCUUCCUGGAGCUUCAGCUUGGCCAGGUCUCUGUGUUGCACUGUGAGGGCUCGCUGGUCGAUGCUGUGGAAGAGGGCUUUGCAGCCAUGCACGCGAGGAUGGCUCAGCCCCCUCUUCAUGUUCAAGGCGAGAGGCGUGAAGCUCUGCAACAUGCCUUUCGCGAGCUGAAGAAGCGCCAGGCGAGCUUCAAGCGCCAGAAGGCGAAGCUUCUUCUCGAGCAGCAGCAGUUCAUCAGAGAUGUUCAGGAUCGACGGAAGCCUUUGACAACGCAAGCUGUGACCUUUCCAUCUGCACUGCGCAGGAUGAACACAUAUGACAGCCCAGACAAGGACCGUUUGCCAACAUCUGAUGUUUUCCGUGAUCUGCAGCCUCUCCUGCAUCAAAUGACGGGUCCAGACGUCGCCAUCUCAACUGGCACCCCAAUAUCUUUCCCGGUAGCUUCGAUGAGGUCUGGGCUUGAACAUGAGGACAGCCCAAUAUGUCGUGGUGAUACCGAGGGAGCACUGGCCAUCCGGCGCAAGCUGCUGAGUCCAACCCUCCGAGGUUUUGGUGCGUACCGGAGGCAUGACACGUGUGUGCUCUGGACGGGAAGCAGCGUGGUGGGAUCAGGCAUGGACAGAUGCUUGGACAACCAUGUGGAUGCAGUCUGCUACCCUCCCUGUGGUUGGGUUCCAGGAUGCCUUCUGAAGGGCUGGCAGCUUGCCUGGAGCAUCAUGCCCAACACGUUCAGGUACGGGCCCACGGUUCAGACUUCUGUGUGCAUUUGGCGCGUGAACAUUGACUUUGUGGACGGCAUGCCCGUGGCUGUCGAAAGACUAUCCAAGGUGCCGGUUCGAGGCCUUGCCGUCGAUUGCGCAGCUCACGGCGAACCAUUUUGCAUCAUGUUCUGGCCUGAUAUAGCUCCACUUGCAGAAGAUGACAGCAUCGGCCUGGAAGUGAAGCUUGGCGGACUUACAGGUCCACAGGCGGAGCUGAGCUUCUACUAUCAGGUUGCUCCAUUCAGGCGCGACGACAUGUACAAGAAAAUGCAGGUUGAGGCUCGCCGGCUCAACGAAAUCGUUGCGAAUCCUUGUCUGUGGGCUGGCAGUUCCCUGCCUGUAGAGAGACCAUCGCGGCGGCUUCGACGAGCAAGUGAUUUCCUGCAGCAGCAGAGGAGUGUGCUUCAGCCUAUGUCGCACCCAAGCAUGGACAUCAUUGUUGAUGGAGUGGAUUUGAUCGUGACUAUCCGUGCACCAGUACAAGCAGUGAAUGCUGAGCUGCAUGUGGUCCGAUUUGGUGGUGAUGCAGAUAUAGUGCCCAGGGCUGCGCAAGCUCAACGGUUGCCGAACUGGAAUUUCCUUAUUCGUGUCAAGAUACCCUUGCCGCGCGCGAGAUACCAGCUGCGAAUCCAACCGCAGUCCCUUGAGGAUGGACCUGGCUUGUGCUACUCAAUCACCUUCAAUGAAUCGACUCGAGUGCCCGCACUGCUAACGUCCCUGGACGAGCCCUUGGCCUUGAAGUUCGGGUAUGCGCCAAUGACGGCCGCAGGGCAGGUUCACGGAGUUGUGUUGCUGAGUCCACUGAUGUUCAGAAUACCAGCGGGCACAGCGUACUUCCUCAUAUGGAUAAACAAGGCUCUUGCCUUGGGCAACUUGGGCGAGGCGGAGGAGGAUCACGAGCCGUCAGGCGGUCUUACAAGCUUGUUUUCAUCGCGAUUGGGCGCCAUGCCACCGUUGAAACCCUUGGACAGCGCAAAGCUUCCAAAAGCAAACUCUUCAAAGAGCCAAUCAAAGAGCAUGACAAAGGAUCGAAGAUCUGUCUUGCAGCUGCUGCAAGCUCAACUGAGCGGUCAUCUUGGGCCCUAUGUUCAGGACUCUGCAGGAGACGUUCAUUUGGAUGUGUCGUUCAAAGAUGGGAAAUGCGUGCGGCGACUCCAGGAACGUGCUGACAUGCCAGGCUUGUUUGAGGGCUUCUUUACUUUUGGACAGGUUGAUGCGCAAUCGAAGGUCAAGCUUUUUCUCCGCCUGCCAGGCGUGGAUGCGGAUGGCUACCGGCCACGAUUGCUGUGUGAGUGGCUCAUUUGCCGUGCACACGGCGAGCCAUUGCCAAAAGGAUUUACAUAG